GAGAAAAAUGCUGACCCCCAUCUGUUGAAGCAGUUCUUCGGAAGAGGCUGUCCCAUACCCUCUUUGUUCCCGGGCCUCUCUGUCAGCACCUCUUGAUCAGGGAAGCCCACAGCCUCCUUUGGGGGCUGGACACUCACUGAUUUGGCUGCUCCGAGUGCACGUCGGGAUGGAGACUCCUCUUGAGAAGGCCCUGACAACCAUGGUCACCACCUUCCAUAAAUAUUCCGGGAGAGAGGGUAGCAAGCUGACCCUGAGCAGAAAAGAACUGAAGGAGUUGAUCAAGGCAGAAUUGAGUCUUGCAGAGAAGAUGAAGGACAGCAGCAUCGACAACUUGAUGAAGAGCCUGGACAAGAACAGCGACCAGGAGAUUGACUUCAAGGAGUACUCCGUGUUCCUGACCACGCUGUGCAUGGCCUACAAUGACUUCUUCCUAGAGGACAACAAAUAACCAGGGUCCUCUCUGCCCACACCUGCAGCUCCUUGCCCUGCCCUCUGCAGCCUCUUACACCCCUAGCCCUUCUCUUUCUCACAGAUGGAUUCUUCCAGUAGAGGAAUAAAGCCUUUCCCCCCCUC